UUGAGAAUCCAAAUCUGGACAUGGUCAGUGGGACUAUCAAAGAAAAUCUUGAAAACAUCUGCAACGAGCUGUAUGAGAUGAGAUUCAAUAUGAAAACUGGUCUAGCUUCACAAAAGAAGUUAUCGGCAUCUGCUGUUGAUUUCCCAAGGGUUAAUGAGAGCUACACUGGCAGGAGACAGCAAUAUGUAUAUGGAACCAUACUUGACAACAUUACAAAAGUCAAGGGGAUUAUCAAAUUUGAUCUGCAUGCUGAACCAGAGACUGGAAAAACAAAACUUGAAGUUGGAGGAAAUGUUAAAGGCAUCUAUGACUUGGGACCCGGCAGCUUUGGUUCUGAGGCGCUAUUUUUGUCCCUCGCCUGCCUGGCAUUACUUCUGAAGAAGAUGAUGGCUACUUAAUAUUCUCUGUGCAUGAUGAGA